AUGAGCUCCUCGCAUAACAACCUGCAAAGUGAUAUAAAAGCCACAGUUGAAGAAAAUGGCAUCCAAGCUUCAGACAAAAACCUAGUGGUAUCUCCUUUAACAACAGAACAGCAAGAAUCAAACCUGUAUUUAUCUAUAAACAACAAGGGGCUGGAAUCAACAUUCGAUAAAUCCCUGUACAAUCAGAAUCAUAGCCACAGUAGUAAAAAUAAAGACAGGAUCAAAAGAUUAAGAAAUUAUUCCAUUGGAGAAGCAUUCAACUAUCACAGUAACAGUAUCAACAACGAAAACAACAACAACAACAACAACAACAACACGAUUAACAACAACAACUUUGAUAUUGGAGGUAGAAGCUACGUGAGUAUGAGUUAUCGACCUAGUGUAUCGGCACAUAUAAGCUCACCGCCUGUCAAGACUGGUGUGGAUAUCCACCAGCAAACGCGCUCUCUCGCCAACAUUGGAGUGAUUGAUGGUGACGACGAUUUGGAAGAGGCGUUUCAAAACGAGUAUAAUCAUGAUAAUCAUUCCCUGACAAAGCCUAGACCUAUCUCGUCAAAUACGCCACUACUUACAGACGAACGUGCAUUAUACACAAUCGACUCGCAAAGAGAACAGGAGCAUGACCACUUGAAGCAGAAAAUUUCCAAUACACCUGAUGAUGAGCAACAACUGCAACUGCAACUGCAACUGCAACUGCAACUGCAACUGCAACUGCAACUGCAACUGCAACUGCAUGAACCAAAUCGCUUCCGAGUUGACUCCUUGGAGUCUUUUGAAAAGGCACCAGAGCCUAGUAAAAUUCAUCAAUUGCUAGUAAAACCAUUCCAAUUCUUACCAGCCGUGUUCUUAGGCUUAUUAUUGAAUAUCCUUGAUGGUUUAUCCUACGGAAUGAUCAUGUUCCCUAUUGGUGAAGCAAUUUUUGCCAAAUUGGCUCCCGCUGGCUUGGCCAUGUUUUACGUCUCAACAAUCACAUCGCAACUCAUCUACUCGUUGGGUGGUUCUUCUUUUAAAUCAGGCAUUGGCUCAGAGAUGAUUGAAGUGACACCUUUUUUCCACAACAUGGCACUUGCAAUAGCAAAACAAUUGGCAAGCGAAGGCAAUGACGCUAUUAUAGCCACUACCAUAACCUCCUUUGCAGUCUCAUCGGUAAUUACUGGUCUUACCUUUUUUGCGCUCGGUUAUUUAAAAUUAGGCUCUUUAGUCCAGUUCUUCCCAAGGCAUAUCUUGAUUGGUUGUAUUGGUGGUGUUGGAUUUUUCUUGGUAAUUACCGGAAUAGAAGUUUCUUCAAGGCUUGAAGGUGGGCUUUUUUACAACUACGAGACCUUCCAAUACUUAUUCUAUAACCACAUCACUCUCUUGCAAUGGACCUUUCCUUUAGGAUUGGCUGCAGGGUUGGUUGCACUUCAGCAUCGAAUUCAUAACUCUUUAUUGGUUCCAUUAUACUUUAUUGUGGUGUUCUUCUUAUUUCACAUAGUUGUUGCUUUGAUACCAUCGUGGAAUUUGCAACACGCAAGAGAUAUAGGUUGGGUCUUUCCGGCUGUUGAGGAUGACCAGCCGUGGUAUCUGUUUUACGCACUUUACAAAUUUGACGUUGUUGAUUGGUGGUGCUUGUUCCGCCAAGUGCCGACAAUGUUGGCGUUGACAUUUUUUGGAAUUCUCCAUGUGCCAAUAAACGUCCCAGCAUUGGCAAUUACUGUUGGUAUGGAUGAUAUCGAUGUUGAUAGAGAAUUGGUUGCUCAUGGGUACUCCAACGCGUUAUCGGGCUUAUUUGGUUCGGUGCAAAAUUAUUUGGUCUAUACCAAUUCUGUCUUGUUUAUCCGCGCUGGGGCUGAUGAUAGGUUAGCGGGUGUGAUGUUGGCAAUUGCCACUGCAGCAGUUAUGAUGGCGGGUCCCGUUGUAAUUGGUUUUAUUCCAGUUUGUGUUGUUGGUGCCUUGAUCUUUCUUUUGGGCUAUGAACUAUUGAAGGAAUCGGUUUGGGACACUUGGGGGAGAUUGAGACCGAUUGAAUAUUCCACUAUUAUCAUCAUUAUUGUCACAAUGGGAAUGGUUGACUUUGUUGUUGGUAUUGGUGUUGGUAUUAUACUCGCGUGUGUUUCGUAUGUCGUGGAAGCAGCAAGGACACCUGUUGUUCAAGGUAUUUAUUCUGGAGAUGUUGCACGCUCUACAGUGUUGAGACAUCCUAAACAACAAGAGUUUUUGAAAAAUGUAGGGGAACAAAUUUGCAUUGUGAAACUACAGGGAACUAUAUUCUUUGGGAGCAUUGGAGGAGUUGAGAAGGAGAUCAAGACUAUUUUCGAAAUUGAAAAGGCCAAUAAGGUGCCUAUCAAGUAUCUUAUUCUUGAUAUGAAAGGUGUGGUUUCCGUUGACUUUUCCGCUGCUGAGGGUUUUAGAAGAAUUUUAAAUUUGACAAAUGAUUAUCGUACCCAAUUGAUUAUAUCAUCGGUAAAAGAUGAGGAUAAUAUUAUUAAAGAUUUAAGAGACGCGGGGCUUUUUGAGAAUAGUCACAAGAUUGAGCUUUUCAAUUCUCUUAAUUCUGCCCUUGAAUGGGCUGAGAAUCAGCAUUUGAAAACAUACAAGAUAUUAAAAAGUAAGCAUGGAAAUGAUGUUAGUGGUGCUAGUACUGGUACUGGUACUGGCACUGGUACUGGCUCUAGUACUGGCACUUCUAUGCAAAGUGCAACGAGAGCAAGACCUGCGCCAAUUGCAAACGCAACUUUGGUCCAAUCGCCGUCUUCAUUUGGUGCAAGAUUAUUUGGUCAUUUUGGUCUGGGUGAUUAUGGCACUCCAAGAACCAAGCAGGUUUAUCAUGCAGCAGUCAAGACUGUCGAUAGCGAGCACAAGUUGCAAAGCAAAUACCAGGUUACUCAAAACGAUAUUUUCAAAAAACAACCAUUGCCUUUGCUCAUGAUCACUUUUCAAGGUCUUUCGCAAAAAGAUGCCGAGUUCUGGUCACCCUUGGCGCCAUUCUUUAUUAAGGAACAAGUUCCUGAAGGUAUUCAGCUUUACGAUACAAACAAGGACGAACCAUGUCUAUUUAUUCUUGAGUCUGGUCUUAUACGUAACACGGUUAAAUUUGAAGAAGGAAGAGAGUUAGAUAGUAGUAUUGUUCCGCUUGUGGCAUUUGGUGAUUUGGACGAGGCUUCGCAGUAUAGACGAUUUGUAUAUACCACGGUUAAUGACUCGGUGGUUUGGAAAUUGAGCAAGUCCAAAAUAAAAGAGAUGUUGAAAGCAAAUGGAUCAAAGGGUGAAGCCAUUUACCACGAAUUAUUGGAGAUUGAAGCCAAGUUGAUCCGUGAAAGGUAUGACGUCUUGUGCAGUCAUUUAGUUCUUACUUAG